AUGACAUCAGCCACUGCUUCAGUACCUGCUGCUCCGGCACCCAUGACAUCUGCCACUGCUUCAGUAUCUGUUGCUCCGGCACCCAUGACAUCAGCCACUGCUUCAGUACCUGCUGCUCCGGCACCCAUGACAUCAGCCACUGCUUCAGUAUCUGCUGCUCCGGCACCCAUGACAUCAGCCACUGCUUCAGUACCUGUUGCUCCGGCACCCAUGACAUCUGCCACUGCUUCAGUAUCUGUUGCUCCGGCACCCAUGACAUCAGCCACUGCUUCAGUAUCUGUUGCUCCGGCACCCAUGACAUCAGCCACUGCUUCAGUAUCUGUUGCUCCGGCACCCAUGACAUCAGCCACUGCUUCAGUAUCUGCUGCUCCGGCACCCAUGACAUCAGCCACUGCUUCAGUAUCUGUUGCUCCGGCACCCAUGACAUCAGCCACUGCUUCAGUAUCUGUUGCUCCGGCACCCAUGACAUCAGCCACUGCUUCAAAAUAA